AUGUCCUCAAGUCUUGUACACCACCGUGACGUCCUAUUUGGCCCGAUAUCAGUCGAUGACUCUGCGUCGGAUGAAUACUCGACCACGACCGACUCCGAGCCUCAGACGCCUGACCUCGAGCCGUUUUCUCCAACGCCUACACCGCCAAGGCCGGUCCAAAGCGCAGACUGGUUUCUUAGUGAUGGGAACGUAUAUUUGCGAGUGAAUGGUGCCUGCGAUGGACCCGACAUAAUCUACAAAGUACACGGAUACUUCCUGCAACGCGACUCGAUUAUAUUCCGCGACAUCUUGUGUGGAAGGCGUGGCGAAGACGGCAAGUCAGAAGACGCCGCGAUCUUUGUGCCGGACGUCGUCGAACAUGAGAUGGAUUGCUUGCUCUCAUUUCUAUACCACGGGAUGUACAAAUGCACGACUUUGGUCGACGAUUGGACUGCACUGCUCGCGAUCUCCUCACGGUACAUGUUCCACGAGAUACGCCUGCGUGCCAUCUCGGAGCUCGAGGCGCAACACGCGCGCAUCAGCCCCGUCCGGCGCAUCGUUCUCGCCGCCAAGCACGACGUCCAUGAGUGGCCGAAGCCGGCGUAUGUGGAGCUCUGCAUGCGGAACGAUCCGCUGUCGCCCUGGGAGGCGAAACAAUUAGGGCUAUACAAUGCGGUCAUGCUGGCGAAGGCGAGAGAGGUGGUGCUGCUGAGACGCGUGACGAUCCUCGAGGCCGCCCUGGGCAGCGGUGCUGGCUGUCCAUGCGGGACCGAGGUCUGCGAACGUGCCCGGCUGCGGGAGGCCCAGAAACGUGCACCGGAAAAGGACGAUUUUCACCAGUUUGUGACGGGUGUUGUUUCUGAGCUCUUCUCGCUGUGA